GUCGAGCGUCAUUUUUUGUGUAACCGUGGCGCCAAAGCUAAAUUCCCCAAACAACAACAACAACACAAUAGGUCUCCGGAAUAAUUUGGGCUGAGGGCGGGCUGACAUGGAUACGGAGGACAACGUCCGCGUGACUCUCCGCAACUUACUCAACUCCGUCGAGUGCAUCUCGGCUCGAGUCCGAGACGGAGAAGCCAACGAGUCGGACGGAGACUUCAACCUCUCCAACUUUUGGGAGACUUUGAACCAGGCGGCGAAAGCAGUAUCUCAGGAAGCCACCAAACUCUGCCUGGCCUUCUCCAAGCCUCCGCUGCCGUCACAGCAAGAUGUAGAGCAGCUGGCCAACUCUGUCCUCAAGAGUGUCCUCAGCCUCUCCACUGUUUAUUACUGGCUUCCCAAUAGCAGAGGCGUCACUCUGCGUCAGCAAGUCCGAGACGCCGUCGUGCAGGCCCUGGAGGGCCUGACGCAGCUUCUGGAGGUCAUACUGACUUCACCGCUACAGAGUCUGACUCAGGCGCAGUUGACGUCUACGGGAGGGGUGUGGUCAGCAUGUGACCGCUUCACCCGCCUACCACAAGACAAUAAGGCUGCAGCGGUGCUGGUCCUAAGCGGUCAGAGCGGCAUCGUCAAAGACGCCAUCGAGGAGUUAGAGCAGGCGCUGUUGGAGGCCCACGACCCGUCGGGCGACGCCCCCGAUCAGCAGGAGGAUGGCGAGGAGCCGCACGCUAACCAGGACGCGUACUGGUCGGUGCGGGACCGCUGCGUGGUGGCCGCCUGCCAGGGGAUGAUGAAGGUCGCCGCCGCCUGCCUGAGGAAAACCACGGCGGCCGUCAGGACCCGCGGGGACGCCGAUGCGCCGCAGAGGGUGGAGCAGUUGGAUCGCCUGCUCGAAGCCAUCAAGGAAAUCAGCCCAGGGUUCGUGUGCAAACUGACCAACGCACAAACACCCACGCGCACACGCCACCUACUCAUCUGGAAGAAUAUCUUCCUUCCCAAGCACAUAUUUGGGAAGGUCAUAUUUGCUAUUGUUUGGAAUGCAACAACACCCAAGCUUGGCAGCGGCACUCAAGUGACGAAGAAAAAUGCUUUUCGCUAGAUAGCUUUCUAGUUUUCACACGGCAAGUUGUAAUUAAAGACUACAACAUGCAUGACCGCUUAGGCACUGGCCCAGGCCAGGUAAGAAGUCAGCCAAGCACACUGUGUACAGGUGUGAAGAAACAAGCAGAUAUUUGGGUGUGUUUGGGAACACUGCCAGAUGCUUCCGGCUCCAUCCAUCUCACAAGUUUUGCCCGCAAACAGAAUUGGGCUUUGUCGAGCUGUCGUCUUCCUGUCUGUCGCCCCCAAACCAGGUCCAGUCACAUCUGUGGUGAAGCAGAGCUGACCUGGCUUCAGUUCUUGGACCAGGCCGUGGACCACAACCUGCAAAAAGCCAAAGAUCUCCUUUGGCUGGACAGCUAGUGUGCGCAUGUGUGUGUGUGUGCCUGGGAGUUAUGCUUGUGUAUUAUAUUCGGGUUUGUGUGUGUGUUUUUGUGUGCUUGCGCGCGUCCCAUUUCAACUCUGGAUGGACAACAGAGUGGAAGAGAUCAAUCGUUAUCAGCUGCUACACAGCCCUUGAGAUUCUCAGGUCUCCUAAAUAAAUUGAUGUUGGAAACUUCA